ACACAUACUUUCAGUUGUAAACUUGCGGCAACAUGUUUAAAUUCGAUAUGAACAACACGACAGUGUUUGAACUUUUGUGCACUUUUAUUACGAUAUCUUUGCUUUCGUGGUACUUGUACUACGGGUACUGCUUCAACUACUGGAAAAAGAAAGGUGUUCCAACAACCCCUCCGAAAUUCCCUGCCGGAAACAUCCUUAAGCCAGUCCUAGGCAAAGAAAAUCUUUUCGUUACAGUUGAAGACUAUUACAGAGAAUUCAAGCGCGAAGGGCACAAACAUGCCGGUUUAUAUUUUUUCAACGGCCCUGUAUACCUCCCAAUUGACCCAGAAAUCGUCAAGUCAAUCCUCACGACUGACUUUGACCAUUUCGUCGAUCGCGGAGUUUUCUACGACGAACAAAACUUCCCUCUGAGCACACACCUGUUUUCCAUGAGAGGAACCGAAUGGAAAAGCCUCCGAAUGAAGCUUUCCCCCACGUUCACCUCAGGAAAACUCAAAACCAUGUACGAGAUUUUCAUCAAAAUGACCGAAAACUUCAUAAACGUUGUGAAACCAAAAGCGGAAACGGGCGAAGAGAUUAAUAUAAAAUACACGUCAGCGAAUUUCACCUCCGACAUUAUUUUCAACGCCGCGUUCGGAAUGGAAGGCCACACUUUGGAAAAUCCGGACAACGAGUUGUCCAAAGUUGUGUUAAAUGUCUUCAACCCGUCCAACUGGUUGUUCUUCAAAUCGAUACUAAUAGAAGGGCUUCAAAACCCGGGCAGUUUACUACGGGUGGUUUUAAGCAACAAAUCGAUGGAAAAGUUCUUCAUGGACCUCGUCCGCACAACUGUGACUCAUCGCGACGAGAAUAAAAUUGUCCGGAAAGACUUCCUGUCGCUACUUUUGGAAAUCAGGGACAAGGAAGGCUUGUCCUUCAAUGAAAUUGCCGCCCAGAGCUUUCUGUUCUUUCUGGCGGGCGCUGAAACUUCCUCACAGACGAUAAGUUACUGCAUCCACCAGCUGGCCUACCACCAGGAUUUGCAAGAUAAGCUCAGGAAAGAAAUUUUGGAUAACUUGGGUACCGACUUUACCAAAUACACCUAUGACGAUAUUUUCAAAUUACCAUACUUGGAUAAAGUAUUCAACGAAACCUUGAGGUUGUACCCCGUCUUAGGGUUCCUCAACCGAAUUUGUGUCAAGCCCUACAAAGUCCCCGGUACUAACGUGGUCAUAGAUAAAGGCACCCCGGUUUUAAUCUCGCUGUUGGGACUUCAGCGAGAUCCUGAAUAUUUUCCGGAGCCCCUGAAAUUUGACCCUGAAAGGUUUAGUGAAGGCCUGGAGCAAGUCCCUUUCACGUUUUUGCCUUUCGGAGACGGACCCAGAUUUUGCAUUGGUAUGCGUUAUGGAAAACUUCAAACCAAACUUGGAAUUGCCGCACUUAUUUCACAAUUUAGGUUUUUGCCAAGUCCGAAGACUCCCAAAUUUGUGGAAUACGACAGGCCUUCAAAGUCACUAGCGAUGGUGCCAGCAAAAGGCAUAAUUGUGAAAGUCGAAAAAUUGUGAUUUUGUUUAAUUGUUGUACCAUUUAAUAGUUAUUUAAUAAACUAAUUUCAUUAUCA